GCUCCCGUUCGCGCGGACCCGUCAGGCGGCGGCCGCUCCUCCAGCCUCCCCGAGCCGGGGCGCCCCACACGGUCCAGCCGCUCGCCCCCCGCCGCCCCCUCGGCGCGGCCCCAGCGCAGCCCCCAGCAACAUAGAAAAACUAACUGUACAUAAAAUACUUUGCAUCCUCAAUCGGAAAGAAGCAACAGAAAUCCGAUUUUACCUGAUUAUUGCUGUACAUGUCUAUAAGCAGUCCUGCUUCUGUGUAAUCUGGAGUGAAUUGAACUCAAUUUCAUAUUGAAGAGGCGACCGUCACUAAUUUAUUCAUUUUGAGUUGCCCUUGGCAGAAUGAUUCCCUGCGGAGCAGCCAUGACUUUUGCCCGAUGUCUGAUCCGGAGAAAAAUCGUCACUCUGGACAGUCUAGAAGAUACUAAAUUAUGCCGCUGCCUGUCCACCAUGGACCUCAUCGCCCUCGGGGUCGGAAGCACUCUGGGCGCGGGGGUGUACGUCCUGGCCGGGGAGGUUGCCAAAGCAGACUCCGGCCCCAGUAUCGUGGUCUCCUUCCUCAUCGCCGCGCUGGCCUCGGUGAUGGCAGGCCUGUGCUACGCCGAGUUCGGGGCCCGCGUUCCCAAGACGGGGUCCGCGUAUUUGUACACUUACGUUACCGUCGGAGAGCUGUGGGCCUUCAUCACGGGCUGGAAUCUCAUUUUAUCUUAUGUCAUAGGCACGUCAAGUGUUGCAAGGGCGUGGAGUGGCACCUUUGAUGAACUUCUUAGCAAACAGAUUGGGCAGUUUUUGAAGACAUACUUCAGAAUGAAUUACACCGGCCUUGCAGAGUAUCCAGACUUUUUUGCUAUGUGCCUUAUAUUACUUCUAGCAGGUCUUUUAUCUUUCGGAGUGAAAGAAUCUGCUUGGGUGAAUAAAAUCUUCACAGCUGUUAAUAUCCUGGUCCUUCUCUUUGUUAUGGUUGCUGGGUUUGUGAAAGGAAAUGUGGCAAACUGGAAGAUUAGUGAAGAAUUUCUCAAAAAUAUAUCAGCGAGUGCCAGAGAGCCGCCCUCUGAAAAUGGAACAAGUAUCUAUGGGGCUGGUGGCUUUAUGCCUUAUGGCUUUGCAGGAACUCUGGCUGGUGCUGCAACUUGCUUUUAUGCCUUUGUGGGAUUUGACUGCAUUGCAACGACUGGUGAAGAGGUCCGGAAUCCCCAGAGAGCUAUUCCCAUUGGAAUCGUGACUUCAUUGCUUGUUUGCUUUAUGGCCUAUUUUGGGGUCUCGGCAGCUUUAACACUGAUGAUGCCAUAUUACCUCCUGGAUGAAAAAAGCCCCCUUCCUGUGGCAUUUGAAUACGUCGGGUGGGGUCCUGCCAAAUAUGUUGUUGCCGCAGGCUCCCUCUGCGCCUUGUCUACAAGUCUUCUUGGAUCCAUUUUCCCAAUGCCUCGUGUAAUCUAUGCUAUGGCGGAGGAUGGGUUGCUUUUCAAAUGUCUAGCUCAAAUCAAUUCCAAAACGAAGACACCAAUAAUUGCUACUUUAUCAUCAGGUGCGGUGGCAGCUGUGAUGGCAUUUCUGUUUGACCUGAAGGUGCUCGUGGACAUGAUGUCCAUUGGCACGCUCAUGGCCUACUCCCUGGUCGCAGCCUGUGUUCUCAUCCUCAGGUACCAGCCCAGCUUAUCUUACGAGCAGCCCAAAUACUCUCCUGAGAAGGAAGGUCUGGAAGCAUGUCCCAGCGCCACCUCGAAAAGCGAGUCCCAGGUCACCAUGCUGCAAGGACAGGGAUCCAUCCUGCAGAGCCUCUUCAACCCCUCCCUUCUGCCUACACAGCAGUCGUCCUCUCUCGUGAGCUUCCUGGUGGGAUUCCUGGCGUUUCUCAUCCUGGGCCUGAGCGUCCUGACCACUUACGGGGUUCCGGCCAUCGCCCGGCUGGAAGCCUGGAGCCUCGCGCUUCUGGCGCUCGUCCUGCUGCUCUGCGUUGCCGUCAUCCUCACCAUCUGGAGGCAGCCCCAGAAUCAGCAGGAAGUGGCCUUUAUGGUUCCAUUCUUACCAUUUUUGCCAGCAUUCAGCAUCCUGGUGAACAUAUACUUGAUGGUCCAGUUGAGUGCAGACACUUGGAUCAGAUUCAGCAUUUGGAUGGCACUUGGUUUCCUGAUAUACUUUGCUUAUGGUAUUAGACACAGCCUGGAGGGUAAUCUGAGAGCUGAAGAUGAUGGUGAAGAUGCUUAUUCAGACGACAUUAAUGCAGCAACAGAAGAGAAAUCUGCCAUUCCAGCAAAUGACCAUCACCAAAGGCAUCUCAGUUUACCCUUCAUAUUCCAUGAAAAGACGAGCGAAUGCUAACGCUGGCCGGAGCAGAGCUGGUCACGAUCUUAACAUACAUACCCUACAUUGAGUAAACCAUGACAGGAUGCCGUCAUCAUGCUAGGUCGUCAUGGGUGCUGCACAGUGGUUCACCCUAAGUAGUACUUACUCACCUGGACAGCAUCUCCCCAGAUGGUGAAUUGUGUGCCCGGGAAACCUGAGCUCUUUCCUCCGUGAUGAAUAUCCCCCAAAUAGUGGGAGUGCGGGAGUGUGUGUGUAUGUGUAUGUAUGUGUGGAUACGUUUGGGAACAUGAAUGUUCAAAGUGAGUUGGUAUUUUACUAUUACCAUGUUACAUUUUUUCAGUGUUGUCAUUCAUCAGUGGCGUGUACUGCACAUACCGAAAUAGAGGCGAAUCACUGAAUAGAAAAGUUUUGUUGGUGCCCCUGGUAGUUGAGGAAAUAAUGGUCACUCUUCUUUAUUAGGCUUCAUUAACGUCAAUUUAGAGCAUGCUAAAAAUGCAGCUACCUAUCAUUGGUGUCAUGGCGUCUGUCACUGGUCAGUGGUGAGAGGAGGGGAUCAGGAAGGAGCCUUUUCUGGAAGUUGUAAAUGCCAGUAGUGGGUGUGAUACAGGUUUUUUUUCCUGUGAGGUAGGAUAGUCUGCUAAAACUUUAGCCAAUAGGAGUGUUAGCUUGUGUCGUAGUACACGGGUAGGAGUAGAAUUCCAUGUCACCAGCUGGCAUCCCUUUGAACUCUUGUCUUUGAGAUCAGUGGUCCUUAUAUAGGAGGCCUUCACCUACUGUGAAUGACGUACCCCCUCAGCCCACUCAGGAACUUGAGAGAGGUGCUGUGAUCUACUUGGGACCCUUUAGACUAAACAGUAAAGGUGACCUCCAUGGCCAGAACGCUCGUGUGAGUGGCCACGAUGAGGGUAUGUGUGAAGAUCUCAGAGUAGGACACGUGCUUGCAUAAGUAGACACUAAGCAUCCUUUUCUAAAAAGUCACUUAAAAUAAGCCAACAGACUCUCCCAGAUCACACGGUUGGCGGAAUGAUUCAUACGUUUUCCGUUCCUUAAUAACUAAAUCACAGUUCAGAUUUUUUUAACCUCAUCAGGCAAAGUUCACUCCUUUGUUGCUAUUUUUAUUUUAUCUUGUCCUGGAUUUGAGCAGCUACCACAGCAAAUUCUAUCUUUACUACACACAGAAGAGAAAAAGAUGAAGGAAGAUUAAGAAAAUUCCCCUAUUCUGAUAUUAAAGUGCCUAUUCGAUAUUACAGGACAUUUGGCCCAAUUUAAGGGGCUCAGAUCUAAUUUGCCUCUGACGUUUCUUUUGGAAACAUUUAGGCGUGUUUUUUCCUCCUCCCUGCCCCCCAUAAAUUGUUGAGCACUUUUUAUUCCUUUUACUUUUAAAUGACAACACUAAGCCUAUGAAUGCAAGUUCCCGUAUUCUACAAUAACCCAGCAGUGGUUGGGGAAGCAAAUAUUUUGGUUAAAAACAUUAUUUAACACUUCAAGCUAAAAAAUAAACCAAAUUGAAUUAAAGCUAUAUGAACACAGUAACCUUUGUAUGUGAGUAAAUAAAUUUUUUUAUGUAAGAUUUUCUAAUUGCUCUAUCUUACUUUUUUGGGUUCUCUAAUAGUGGACUAUUUAUCUGCAGUGCGUUUUAUUCCUCAUCAAUUAUUUUUUGUGCAAAUAAUUAAAUAGUUCAUUAAGUGAGGCCAGAGGCUAGAUACGGAUAUGUGGGUUACAUUCCCAGGAUACCAUGGUGAACAGUAGCAAGCAUGCCAGUUGACCUGCAUCAUCCAAAGGCAAGGAGAGCAUUUUUUUCCUCAUAGUUCUUCCAAGAGGUCAGUUAUUUUGUGGAUGCCAUUACAAAGCAAGCUGCAAUUGUUUUGAAUAGCCAAGAGUUUAUUGUGACUAAAUGUCACAGAAGCAGGUAGAAAACCUGGGUUUCUGGCUGCUAGUGUUGUAGCAUCCCUGACACAGAACUCAUUACCGACAUUCCACAGUUUCCAGGGUGCACAUGGUAAAAUCUGAAGCCCAGAAUUCUCUUUCAAGCUGCAUGUUUUACUAGAGAGAAGGAGUUGGAUCAGCAAGGGGUGAAAUAUUUUUGUAAGGACUGCAGGCACAAUCAUACAUCCGUGUUGUCGCAGCGGGAUACUGAAAACCCUUUGUAUUCUAUAAUCGAUCUAGAAUAGGCCCUUCACACAGGGAACGUGAGCAAUUUCAUAUAUGAAUAUUUAAAUCUUUUACUUUAACAAAACCAAGAAAUUUGUUUAGAAUGCGAUAGGCAGCUAAAGCUAUUCUACCUACUGUGUUCAAUUAGAAACAGAAUUUAGUUAAAAGUUAUCUUUCCACCUCGAAGUACUUUGCAAACACAAAUAUCACGAAAAGAUGCUUUGGCGGUGACUGCUUUUUUUUUUUUUUCCUGUGAAGACACAAAUGGAUGAGUGUGUUUGUAUGUAAACACAGUUACAUAUGUAUGUGUGAGUGUAUGUGCGUGUGUAUGUAUGUGUGUGUGUGCAUUUUAAAUGUCAUUGUAUAAGUAAGUUGCGUUUAUGACGGGCUUUGGAUAUGAUGUCUUUAUGUGGGUAAAACAUCCCAACUAUUGUGGAGAAAAAUUAAUGUUUUAUGUUAAUAGAUAUGCUUAUACAAAACUUUUAGGUUUUAAACUAUUUUAAAACAUACAGCAAUUUUAUAUGUAUAUUUUCCAUAGAUAGAUUCCUUAAGAAAUAUUUAUAAUGUUUCUAAUAUGAAAUCACUAAACCCUAGUGCAUUAUAACAGGUGCUUUAUAAUCUGAAAUGGAGUGGGGGUAGCGGACAUUUGGAUAUUACUGUUUACUUGUUUCUGUGACACUUUUUCUGACAUAUCUAUCCUGCUCUGUGUUUCUUAGUCAAAGCCAGUACUACUAGCUCUUUGGCCCUUCUGUGUUCCUAUAUUUGAAUUCAUAACCUUUUGAACAAAAUGUUGUUUUUACUUUCUUAGAAUUAUCAAAACGUUUUGUGUAGUUUGACUAGUGAUCCAUCAAACUUAUAUAUAUAACGUCAUCUUCGGAAAUUAAAAAAUACAUAUGCACAUUCUUUUAUUAUAAUAAUUGUGAUUGAGUAAAAGCAGCUUAAAUUGCUUUUCUUUUUUUACCCUCGGAAAUACAUUUUCAACCUUUUUAGUGAGAACUUCUCAUACUAGCACCUUAAUUUUAUACUCAGAAAAAGAGAAUGAUUUGUGAAUUACCACAUAAAGGCAAUGCUAACCCUACAUUUAAGAAGGUUGCCAUGCAAACUCAAAUUCAAAAACUAUUUAUAAGAAAAACUUACGUUGAAACCUUUGAAAUGUACGAAAAUACAGAUUAUUUUAAUCACAUUUUCCCCAGAGAUCAAGAAAACUAAGACUAAAACAUCAUUUGAGAUAUAUGUAGCUAGAUAGAUAUAAAAGAAAAACUAACGUUGAAAUACAGAACUUUACUAUAACCAACCAUAGUUGAUAGAAAAUAUCAUUUUCAGGAUUAUCUUCUUCAAAAGAUAACAGCCUGUCUUCUUUUACUUUUUAUGAAUAAAGGAUUUUUUUUAAUUUAAAU